AUGCUGAUUAAGCCAGUCCCUGCCUCGGAUACCUUCUUCACCGAGACACAAUGGAAAGUCCUGUUUUCCUUACUCGAUGCUGUCAUCCCCUCGGUGGCGGUUGGUGGCCCCUCAGAUAUGACUGGAUAUUCUGAAGUCCUUAGGAUCUCCGAAAAUCACUUCCACGAAAUUUACCAUGGUGUCCAAAGACGCAUGAGAUACCCACCUACCAUCGAUCAAUUCCGCGAAUACCUGGCUUUCAGACCAGUUGAUGAUCCAAGGUUCAUUUCCAUCGUAAAGCAGACCGUAUCGAGGUUAUCAAGAAGCUCCAAGUCACAGCUAGGUUCCUUGCUGAAUUUCAUGAUCACACGUUUCGGGAGUCUAUUCUGUACGUGGUACCUGCGGCCACUUACCGAACAACCGGUUCAUAUACGGGAGAGUAUUAUGAAGUCCUGGCAUCAAGCCUGGUUCCCACUGUGGCACACCUUAGCCAGAUCAUUUUCUAUCAUGGCGAAAGUUGGCUGGACGCAAUCAAAUCAGUUAUUGCGGCAGAUUAGCAACUACAGAGUCCCCAACGGUGAGGCAGACUCUGUGGGUCCUACCCAUAACUUUGAUUUCAUGCAUUUCGACUCCGCCCAAAACAUAGUCACCAUCAAGACUGAUGUUGUGAUCAUCGGAUCCGGGUGCGGUGGCGGCGUAUGCGCCAAAGUCUUGGCUGAAGCUGGCCACCGUGUCGUGGUGGUCGAAAAAGGCUACUAUAUUCCCCCAUGCCAACUGCCGAUACCAGUAGAUGACGCCGAAUACUUGUACCGAAGUGGACUUUCAACCGCUGAUGGCACAAUGUCUGUCUUGGCAGGUAGUUGCUGGGGUGGAGGCGGUACCGUAAAUUGGAGCGUAAGUCUACGAACUCAAGAUUACGUUUGCCAAGAAUGGGUCGACAAAGGGCUCGGCUUCUUUGGCACACCCGAUUAUCAAUCGAACCUCGAUCGCAAGGAGCCGAGAAACUGGGCUGGAGAGCAGAGGCGAAAAGCAAGGUCCAGCAGCGAGCUGGCUGCCGGCAAAGCAGGAGCACAAUUCAUCGAAGGCCUCGACGUAUCUGAAAUCCUAUUCGAAGAUAGAGCGGCGAAAAAGGCAACUGGCGUCAUUGGGACGUGGACGGCACGUGAAUUAGACGGCAAUAUACAUACGCCUCGGGGCCAAAGGACGCAGCGACAGGUUUGCAUUAAGGCAGAGGAGGUCAUUGUAGCAUGUGGUGCAAUAAACAGUCCAUUGCUCCUAAAAAGGAGUAAUCUCGAGAAUCCUCACAUUGGAAAGAACUUACAUAUGCAUCCGGCUGGGAUAUUGGUGGCCGCCUUCGAUCAUGACGUUCAGGGGUGGAACGGCUCUAUUGUCACAGGCGUUGUUACAGAGUUUGAGAACAUGGACGGGGAAGGCCAUGGCGUGAAAAUUGAGGCUGCUGCAACUUUGCCCCAUAUGACGGCCUUGACAAUACCAUGGCGGGGUGCACUGCAAUACAAGCUCGACGCGCUGAAACUCCGCCAACUGAAUUCGUUCAACGCUAUCCUUCGCGACCGUGAUACUGGCAGCGUAUCCGCAGAUCCCGACGGAUGGCCAAUUAUAAAGUAUACCCCGUCUGCGUUCGAUCGGAAACAUAUAGUCCAAGGUCUUGUCGCUAUCGCCAAGCUCUGCUACAUGCAAGGAGCUGUGGAGUUAUUUCCCUUUGUUACUAACUUGCCUCCUUUUGAAUGCCUUAAACCCGUCGAGGAACGAACAAUAGAAGAUGAGGAUUUCGUAGAAUGGCUUCAACGUCUUAACAAGCACGAGAUGAAUCCUGCUGGUAAUUUCUUCGGCUGUGCACAUCAAAUGAGUACAUGCCGUAUGAGUUCCACGAGUGCUGACGGAGUUGUUGAUGAUCGUGGUAGGGUUUGGGGAACUAAGAACGUCUAUGUCGCAGAUGCUAGCGUGCUUCCCUCGGCUAGCGGCGUAAACCCCAUGGUCACUAUUAUGGCUAUAGCAGAUCAUAUUUCAAGGUGGCUAAUAGCAUCUAAGCAAUUUCAUUAGGGAGCAAAACGUUACGGCCAGAUAGGUUCCAAGGUUAUGUUGGGGAUAAAAUGUCAUACGUGGGUCAGGUGUUAAGUAACAGCCGGGUACCAGUAACUACCUAGGUACCUAAUAAUAUAGCCAGCUACAUAGUGGAAACAAGGCUAGCCAAAAUCAAUAUGGGAAAGUCCAGACGGGGUGCCAGAACUAAUAUGCAGCCCCUAGGGAGGUUUGCGAAUUAUAAAUGAGCAACGCAUACAUCCUACCUACCUAAGGUACCUAGGCCUAGGUACCUAACCUAAGGUACUGCGCGCAGUGCGGGGACCCCGCCCCCUAUACCUAGGUAUUUAUAUUCUUGUUAUAAACGCACCUCAAUAGAGCGCAACGGACUAGAAC